CGAUCAGUCCAGUCAGUUCAAUGAUGUCGUGAUCAGCUGAUCGCAUGCUCGCUCGAUCAUUAUGUCCAGCGCGUGUUUUCGGCCGUGCGCAUGGCGGGUCCUAGUGUGCUUUUCCGCGCUUCUAGCCCUCGGCUCCGCUUUCGAGGAGAUCGACGAUCGAGUCGUCACUAAAUAUCUCAGUGUUUCGACGAAGAACCACUCUAUAAAGACGCCGAGGGUUGGAGAUGCAGACGAAGUGUGCCUAAGGCCGAACUGCGGCACGAGCGGAGGCCCGAGUCCCUUGGCGGGAGCAACCAACGCGUCCGAAUAUCACCGAUUCGUGGCCAAUUUCCCGUCACCGAUCGAUUUCCUUCCGGUCGACAGCCGCGACGAAAAAUGCGCCGCCGACAGCCGCUCCGUCCUCUACAACUAUCAACUUUUCCAGCUUUGGGCCCUCAAAAUGGUAGACUCGAUGGCCAAAGUUCCAUCAGGACUUUUGGAGGGCAAUGUGAAUCAUUUAGGCCAUUUCGACGAAUGCGUGAUGGCCAAGGCCGAUGAUGACUCAUUCAGCGGCCAGUACUGUCUGGCUGCUGUCAAAUACAGACUCCCAGACAAUUUGAAACAUAUGGAUCAGUUGCUUCAUUCAUAUUAUUACAUGAACAGCGAUCUUGAUGAUCCUGGUCACCGUAUUCCUCACUUCUCGAGCAGCGACUGGGCUCUGUGCGUUCCGACGAGCUGCUCUCACACUGACGUCGAGCGACGGAUCCGGCAGGUGCUCGACCGAGCCACGCGGGACUUCCACUCAGGCAACUUCUCCUUGGACGUUGUCGUCCGACAUGAUAUGUGUCAAUCGAAGCACCAGAUCCCUCCGGUCCAUCUCACCUCUCCUGCCGUGUUAUUUUUCUUGUUCUUCCUCUUCCUGUGCAUGGUGGCAACUAUUCUGGAUUACAGGACCAGUGCAUCGGAAACAGAAACUCCCAAGUUGAAUGAAAAGGGGCUGGCAGGCAAAUUACUGUAUGCUUUCUCUGUGCGUCGCAAUUUAAAUGUUAUUUGUGACAUGAAACCAGGACCAGGAGAGAUUCCGUGCCUGCAUGGCGCUCGAUUUUUGGCUGCCAUCGCUCUGCUUUUAUCCCAUAAAACCAUGGCCCUAUUUUACAUACCGUUUGUGAACAGAAAUCAGAUGGUUACGAAUAUGAGUGGAGCAUGGUCUGUGAUUGGAAGGACUGCCAUCAUUUACACCGAUGUAUUCAUCUACAUUAGUGGAAUUUUAACAGGAGCCAACCUUUUAAAACAACUUAGCAAGAAUAGCAAGCUGAACUUAGUAGACAUCUAUGCCAAUAGAUGGUGCAGAUUCACUCCAAACCUACUUGUAGUGAUCUUAUUUUGCACUUACAUACUUCCAUCCCUUGGAUCUGGGCCCAUGUGGAAUCUGGUGGUGUCUAGGCAUGCCGAUCUGUGCACAAAUAAUGCUUGGCGAAGUCUCAUGUACAUACAUAAUUACUUUGGUUUCGAAAAUAUGUGCUUGACUCAUACCCAUCAACUAGGUAUUGACAUGCAAUUAUUUAUCGCUGCACCGCUGUUUGUGUACUGCAUGUGGAGGUGGCCUAGAUUCGGAAUUCCUUUCACGAUUGUUAUGGCAGUCCUAUCCACAGCAUUGAGAUUUUAUGUCUCUUACCAAAAUAAUUUGACUGUUGUUAUCGUUUUUGGAAUCUCGGUGUCACAGUUAUUUGAUGUAGCUAAUUUAUCGUACAUUCUACCAACUCAUCGGUUGACAAUUUAUCUGAUGGGGACCUUGACUGCAUAUUACUUGCACCAUAAAAAAGACCAGUUGAAAAUUUCUAAAGCCACCCUCUACUUUGGCUGGACUGUUGCAAUAAUCAGUGGACUGUGGGCUCUUCUCGGUCCUUAUAAAAUGUCAUUCAUGGACUUCAAGUACGACCCCAUGGAAGCAGCUUUCUAUACAGCUUUUGCUCCUGUUAUUUGGGGCUUUUUCCUCGUUUGGAGUGUUAUCAUGGUUGAACACAAUCAUGCAGGUUGGUUUGGAACAUUCUUAUCACUACCUUGUUUCAAAAUGUUCACUCAGAUUGCAUAUGCAAUUUAUUUAACACAGUUCCCAAUUUUCUUCUACAAUAUCGGUAGAGUCAGGACGUCAAUGGAGCAUUCUCCAUGGAUGAUGUUUAAUUUUGGUGAAUUCAGUUUCAUAUUUUUAACAUCAACGGUGCUCACUGUCAUGUUCGAUCUCCCAUUCCAGCAUGUCAGAAAAUUACUAUGGCCCUCUUUUAAAAGUUCCUAUAAUGUCGAACAAGCUUUUCAAAGUAAAACUGAGUCCGCAUCAACUGUGAUAUCAAACAAGAAGGAUUCAGAUGUAAGCUCCAAACUCAAGGAGUUAGAGAAUAAUAACAUAAUUUUUGAUCUUUGCAAGAAAUCAAAAUGAAAAGAUCGCUCUUUAAAUAUUGUUCGCAUUUAGUUUUAAUGCUUUGUUACGUUAUAUUUUUUUUUUUUGAAAUUCAAGCAUUGAAAACAAUUACCUAAUAAUCAUACUUACUUUCCUAUUUUUCAGCUCAAUAUGUUGUGAAUGUUAGUGUGCCCACAAAAUGUUUAAAUUUCAAACUAUCUGACUGGAUCUGUAAAAAGGGACAUUAUUUUCUGGGAAAAUAUUUUUAAGCUUUUUGCAAAUGCAUGGAGGGAAAAAAUCUGGAAAUUUCUGCGCAAGUUUGACCUUGAAUGCUUAAAAAUUGGAGAUGAUAUGAGUCCUGGAGCUACAAAAACUCUCAGGUCAUAGAAAAAGUGAUUUCAGCUUUUGAAAAAAGUUAAGGAAAAUUUCCCUCCAGGGGAUGAUGUCCCUAUUUACAGAUCCAGCCACAAACGUUGAUGAUUGUUCAAUACAAAUUUUUACUUUAGCUACAACAUUGAAAUGUGUUGUGAAGUUGGACCUUUUUCUAAAAUUAUCAAGAACAAGAACUUCUGCAUCCAGCCGAAUAUCUCAGGUUCGUCAGGUGUUGUCUCACGCUCUCUGUAAUGUCCCUUAUUUGAGCAGUUCGUUGUCUCCUACAACAUUCUUAUGUUUGGCUUCAUUCUUAUGUUUGCCUUUUUGCGUCUCCAAAUCCAGUGUUGUGAAAGAUGAAAGUAAUGAAAUAUUUUCAUUUCAAAGGAAUUUGCAGAUUCCCAUACUUGUUAAGUGAUGAAUUUCAUUUUUCUAGUCCCUGUAUGUUAUGUAUUUAUGUUUAGUUAGUUCUGACUUUUUUGUUAAUUUUAAUGUAAAUAUCGAAUUCUUUUUUUAUAAGUUACUUUAAAUAGGGUAUCAAUUUAGGUGAGUUUCUCUUCAUUUUUUUAAGCGGUUACUAAUAAUCUGCUCUUUUUUAUGGCACCAAUUCAAAAGAUUACGCAUAUAGUACCAAGAAAUCUGGCAGCGGCUACAUUUUUAAUACUUAAUUUGAUGUUCCUCUCGACUUACUGAGCACUAUGAGCUUUUGAAAUCCAAAUUUCUAUGUGCCAAUUUCAAAAAAAGCAGGGUUGAAAAGUGCGCUUUUCAGUUUUUUUACAGGAACUCUCCAAUUAAUGGAGAUGUGUCAUGUAUGUUUAAUGUCAUUUAUUUUGAAGUAAUUCCUGGGAUUGUCUCCCAGUUCAAACCACAUAUGAGCUGGCAGUUUUUCCCCCUGCAGAUUGACAUCAUAAGAAGGGAUUAAUCCAUAGAGGUAUCCACAAAUUUUUUAUAAUUUUUUUCAUUUUUUAGUUACAAAAUCCAUGAUCACUAAAUAUUUUAAAAAAGCUGCCUCUAAUUGCUUAUCAACCACCUUUGAAAGUUAGUUUUUAGGCAUGGUUCUAAUGAGUUAAAUUGAGAGCUUCCAAUAAACAGUCAGGAAUAUUUGUAGGCAUGUCACAAUACCCCAACUUUUUGUACUUUUAUAAUAAAUAAAUUACUUUUUUUCUUCUCCAAUUUUUAUAACAAAUCAUAUGUACAUAAAAUCAUGUCUCCAUUUUCCUAAGUAUCGUCUUUCAAAAAUUAAAGUCAUUUCGGGUGAAUGGUUAAUUUCUCGAAUUUUAUGACAAAAAAAGUAGUUUCACAAGGUCCUGAAUCACAGAGAGCACAAGUACUCAAAAAAUGUUUCACAACUAUUUAUAGUUUUGUAUUUGUUGUAGCUGAUUCUGUGAAGCAACCCCUCUUAUCUCGAACACCUUUCACGUCUUUCAGAAAUCCAACGUAGCCUUGUUAGGCAGUUUUAAGCUCUGUCCAGCAAGUGAUAGCAUGAGAUCUGGCUUUCGAAAGGUGAGAUUUCAUAGAGAAUUGUUAAAUAAUAUUACCAGACAACUCAAUAAGGUGAAAUGCUGUUUGAAACCAAUAUAUUCCUACUAAACAGCACAAAUAGAGUGUAGAAAAAAAUGGCAAGGCAGCCACCUAGUGACAUCAACAUGCACAUCAGCCUGUCAGCCGAGAGGCUUGAACAAGGAGUAGACUCUAUUGUAUGCCAACAUGACCCAACUUUAUCACGAUUUCUAAUAAAUCUGUGUUCGAUUGUUGUGGCUUAGAAAUAUACAUUUCUCAACCA